AUGAACCCGAAUUUUCAACCGGGUAACCAAAGCGGGUCAUCAUAUCAAAAUCACCAAGGAAGUAACCAAGGGGGUUACCAAAGGAACUACAAUCAAGGCGGUAAUGGGAGUGGCAAUUCAAACUCUCAAGGUGAUGAUUCAUUAAACUCUAAACUUGAUGCUAUUAUGAAUGCUAUCAACCAUUCAAAUCAAGAGAUAAAGAAAGAGUUUGAGGUGCGAGACAAGUCGCAUAAGGCAUUGGAAAAGCAAGUGGGUCAACUUGCGGAAGAAAUGGCCCAAAUUCGUGGAAGUGGAGGAAGACUUCCAAGUGACACCGCAAUGAACCCGAAGCAUCAAAGCUCAAGCACGGGCAAUGUGAGGAAUGUACACAUUAGCGCGGUAAGUCUUCUUCCGAAUGAUGAAAUUUGUAGUGUUCAAAGCAUUCCACCACCACAAUAUGUUGAUGGUGUAGUGGAAAAUAUAAGUGAUGAGCCGGAAAGUGAAAAUGAACAAGAAACAAUUUCACAAAGUAAAAUAGAAAAUACAACUAAAAAUUCUUUUUGUGAAAAUUGUUUAAAUCAACUUAACCCUUGUAAUGCAUCAAAAGUUGAGGAACGGUACCCACCGAAGGACAAGGGGUGGGAAAAUUUUAAACAAGCAAAAAAUAAUUUACCGUUACUAGAUGACAUUAAAAAGGUUACGGCUCAUGUGGAAUGUUUGAAAGAGUUGAGCAUUGAAAAACGACACAAUAAAUUACCCGAACCAAUUGAUUUAGUAUCACAUGUUAGUGCCGUUUUAUCAAGUGCGCUCCCCCAAAAAGUUCAAGAUCCAGGAGACCCUCUUAUCCCAAUUCAAAUUGGAACAUUUAAAAUUGAGAGGGCGCUCCUAGAUCUUGGAGCUUGUGUGAGCAUCUUGCCCGGGAGUUUGUAUGACUAA